AUGAGCUCAAAGGGAACGUCAUCUAGAGCUUAUGAUAUGAUCAUGAAGCUCUUGCUUGUCGGAGAUUCCGGAGUUGGAAAAUCUUGUUUGUUGUUGAGAUUUGUGGAGGAUAAAUUCAAUCCGUCAUUUAUAACUACAAUUGGGAUCGAUUUUAAAAUUAGGACUAUUGAAAGUAAAGGCAAGAAGAUCAAAUUGCAAGUUUGGGAUACGGCUGGCCAGGAGAGGUUUAGAACUAUAACGACUGCUUAUUAUAGAGGCGCCAUGGGCAUUAUACUUAUUUACGAUGUUACUGACGCUAGAAGUUUUGAAAAUGUGCAGAAUUGGUUCCAGACAGUAUCACAACAUGCCAAUGAGGAAGCCCAAAUCUUUUUGGUUGGAAACAAGUGUGAUGAUGUAGAGAACAGGCAAGUUAGCAAAGAACAAGGAGAGGAAUUGGCUCAUCAAUUGCAGAUACCAUUCUUGGAAGCAUCGGCAAAGAGUAAUGAAAAUGUUGAAGAGAUUUUCCAUGAGCUAGCUGGAAUCAUUCAAGAUAAACAUGUUGACGAACCCGCUAGUGGAAGCUAUUCUGGCGGUGCUGGUGGAGUCGAUGUUUCACAGAGUAAUUCCGGAAUAAAGAACAAUUGUUGUUAG